AUGUAAAUAGGAUAAGUAAUAUUAACAACUCUCUAUUUUAUAUAAGGAUUAAUUGUAGGUUUGCCUGGAGGAGCAAUCUAAGUGUUAUUUGCGCAUGAGAAGGACAUUGGGAUAUUCACAUUAUGUACAAUACCUUGGGCAUUCAAAUUUGUAUGGUCACCAAUCUAAGAUUAUUAUUUUAUUGAAAAAUUCGGCAAGCGAAAAACUUAUAUAGUUCCAUUUCUUUCACUUAUGGGAGUUCUCUUGAUAUUGGUUGCAAAUGCUGAACAUACUCUGCUCAAUCUAUUUUAUUAUUACAUUGCAUUGAUGGUUUGUUUAUCCACAAGUGACACUGCAAUAGAUGGAUGGUCAGUUACAUUAUUAUCCAACGUAGCUCAAUAAAGUGUAUGCUAAACGUUUGGAUAAUAGGUUGGUUGGUUCAUCUCUUAAUCUAUUUUCAUAUUGCUGAAUCAAAAAAACAUAAUCAAUUUCGGUCAAUAUUAAUAAACUCUAGGAAUAAUAUGUAUAGUCAUGUCGAUUAUUGUUAUUUUCGUUAAGGAAACGAAUCCCGAUGAAGUCAUACAUUACCAAAGUUUAAUUCAUCAGAUUAAAUAGGUGAAGGGACUUUAUUACAACAAAAACUUAAGAUUUUUGUGUCUAUUCAUCUUCCUCUAGAGAAAUGGAAUAGCCUUCAUGGAUGUAGCAGCUCCGAUAGUAAUGAUAAGAGCAGGAAUGGAAAAGGCAUUCAUAAGUCAGGCUUAAAUUCUCAUAUUCUGUUGCACUUUUUGGAUUCCUUUGGUGAUCGGUUACUUCAUCUCAGGCAAAAAGAAAGAAAAUGCCUUGGUUAUAAGUGCUUUGACUUAUCAAACUAUCAAUAUGACAUUCUUUUUAUUAGAUUAUUAUGAAUAUCGAAAACACCCAUUAACUGAAGGCACAAUAAAUUAAUUUUAAUACUUAUUUUGUUUCCAAUUGUUAGUACAUGAAAUUUUUAAGAAAAUCUUUACUGUGUGUGCUUUUUCAUUUGUUGCCGAAAUUGUUGAACCUUAACUAGCAGGAAUGCAAAUAUCUAUUAUUAGUUCAUUACAUAAUGUCAGUAGAGUGAUCUUGGAUCCUUUGAUUUUGCAAUCGACUGCAUAUUUUAAUAUAUAUGCCUUGGUUUUAAUAUGUGUGCUUUAUUAGAUAAUUGUGUUGAGAAAAUAUGGAGAUGAAUUCAAAAUCAAAUAGUUUAUAGCCAAAGAAAAUUGGACACUUCAUACGCAAGACACACUUGAUGGUUAUCAAGAAUUAUAGGAAAUUAAAGGAUUAAAUAAUCAACCAUGA